AUGACAAUCGAUGAAAUGUUAGUACCCUUUGGUGGUAGGUGCAAAUUUUGCAUAUAUAUGCCUCAGAAGCCAGCCAAAAUUGGCCUCAAAGAUAUGUGCCUUUGCACUCUAAAGCUAAAUAAACUGCAGAUCUCAGAAGAAUUCAAAGCAAACACAAAAUGCCCAUUAGAAACUGCAUUAUUUGUGUAUAAUGAAGGAAAGACAAUUUGUUCUUAUGUUCCUCUGAAAGCUUGUGCUGUUGUGUUGCUUUCAUCUAUGCAUCACAAUCACAAAAUUAGUACUCAAAAGAGAGAACCUGAAAUAAUCAUUGAUUACAAUGCCACAAAAGGAGUGGACGAACUGGACCAAAUGUGCGCCCAAUAUUCGGUAUCAUGGCGAAGACGCAGAUGGCCAAUGUGUGUACUUUACGCUAUUUUAAACAUAGUAGCUGUCAAUGCUGCUGUUUUACUUCAGUGCACCAAACAACUUAAGCAAACUGAUGGUUUAAAAAGAAGAGAAUUGCUACAGAGGCUUGGAAUGGAUUUAGUAAAACCCCAUAUACAAUGCUGA